CCCACACGCCGCGAGCGAGAGCGAGGCGUGAUGGCGGCCCGCGUCGGCGUUUCCUCCUCCGGGAAGCGUGGAGCCGGGUCCGGGGGCUCCCGGGGAGCCGAACCCCAAGAAGAGCCGCCGCCGCCUCUCCAGGCCGUGCUGGUCGCCGACAGUUUCAAUCGCCGUUUCUGCCCCGUCUCCAAGGACCGUCCCCGGGCUCUGAUUCCAUUGGCAAAUGUAGCCAUGAUAGAUUACACCCUGGAAUUCCUAACUGCAACCGGAGUGGAGGAAACCUUCGUCUUCUGCUGCUGGAAGUCAGCAGAGAUCAAGGAACAUUUGCUGAAAUCUAAGUGGUGCCGUCCAGCCUCUCCAAAUACUGUACGGUUUGUGACUUCAGACCUCUACCGCUCACUUGGUGAUGUGCUGAGGGAUGUUGAUGCCAAGUCACUCGUUCGCUCUGACUUCAUCCUUGUCUCUGGAGAUGUGGUGUCCAAUAUUAACGUUUCCACAGCUUUGCAGGAGCACAGGCUACGGCGGAAGCUGGAGAAGAACGUGUCCGUGAUGACAAUGAUUUUCAAGGAAUCCACACCAGGUCACCGUUCCAGGUGCCAAGAGGAUGACGUCAUCCUUGCCAUGGACAGCGCGACGAAGCAAGUGCUGCACUACCAGAGACCUCAAGGGCUGAAACGCUUCCGGUUCCCUACGAGCCUGUUCCAGGGCAAUGUUGAAGAAGUACAAAUACGACAUGAUUUGUUGGACUGCCACAUCAGCAUCUGCUCUCCACAGGUGGCAGAGUUAUUCACGGAUAACUUUGAUUAUCAAACUCGGGAUGACUUGGUGCGUGGGCUUCUAGUGAACGAAGAAGUCCUGGGCAACCAGAUCCAUAUGCAUGUAACAUCCGAAGAGUAUGGCGCCCCUGUGUCCAACUUGCUGAUGUACGAGUCUGUGUCCUUUGACGUCCUGCAGCGCUGGGUUUACCCGUUGACUCCGGAGAUGAACUUCACCGACGACAAGACACAGAGUUGCACGCAUUCGCGGCACAACAUCUACCGGGGGGCGGGGGUGAGCCUGGGCCACGACAGUGUCUUGGAAGAGAACGUCCUCAUUGGGCAAGGAACAUCUGUUGGCAGGAAAUGCUCCAUAACCAACAGCGUUAUUGGCCCCAACUGCAAAAUAGGGGAUGAGGUCAUUUUGGACAGGGCGUUCCUGUGGAACGGCGUCCGUGUAGGGGACCAUGUACGAAUCCAACAGUCUAUAGUUUGCGAUGAGGCCGAAGUGAAGAAGGGGGUAACCUUGAAUCCUCGCUGCGUCCUCACUUCCCAGGUGGUGGUGGGCCCUGACAUGGCCCUCAAAGAAGGCACCGUCAUCUCUCUGCAUCCCACGGACGAAGAGGAGGAGGAUGACGACCAGUUCAGUGAUGAUUCGGGUGUGAACAAAGAAGAGAGCAACGUGAAGCUAAAAGGCUUCAAUAUAGCAGACGUUGGUUCAGAGGGGAGAGGCUAUCUCUGGAAAGCAGAUGAUGAGAAUGAUGUAGACCAAGUGGAGCAAAGGCACAGUCUUUGGGGUCCCAUUUUAAACGCAGAAGAAGAAAGUGAGUCAGAAAGUGAAAUGAGCCUGGGGUCUGAAGGAGCAGACAGCCGGACAGCUUCUCCUCUGUUGGAUGAUAUUAAAGUUUUCCAGAAUGAGGUGCUGGGUACCCUGCAGAGGGGCGAAGAGGAAAACAUCUCCUGUGACAACCUGGUUCUGGAGAUCAACUCUCUCAAAUAUGCCUAUAAUAUUGGCCUGAAAGAGGUGAUGGAGGUGCUCAGCAAAGUGGUUCUGGAGUUCCCACUGCAGCAGCUGAAUGCGGAAAAGGACCCUCAACAAUACUGCACGCUGGUAGUCCCUUUGCUGAAGAACUGGGCUCCAGUCUUCAAGAACUACAUAAAGCGGGCGUCAGAUCACUUGGAUGCCUUGCACGCUAUCGAGGAGUUCUUCCUGGAGCAUGAAAACCUAUGCAUGUCCAUGGCCAAAGUCUUGAUGACUUUCUACCAGCUGGAAAUCUUGGCAGAAGAGAUGAUUCUCUCCUGGUUUUCUCAACGGGACACAACGGAUAAAGGCAGGCAGCUUCGUAAAAACCAGCGGCUUCAGAAGUUUAUCCAGUGGCUAGAGGAGGCCGAAGAGGAGUCGUCCGAAGAGGAGCAGAACUGACCUGGCAGCCUCUCUCAGAAAGAGAUGCCCCCUCGCCCUGCUUCCAAGAGGGAGAGGGCCGCAGUGCCAGACUUUGCCUGGCGAAGUGGCGGAGCGAGCAAGAGCAAGACCCGGUGCAUGGCGUGUACGUGGGGGACCUGAAAAUCAAAGCUGACUGACAAUCCCAUUGCUGUUUAUGUACUUAGCAUCUACCCCUGAAAAGGCACCGCACGCAGGACAAUGAGAGAGCAGUCAGAAGGAAAAGCUAGAGCUGUGUAAAGUUAAAAGAUUUUUCUGAGACAUAUAUGUGUGAGGGUGCGUGUAUGUAUGUGUGUAUACAAACACACAAACAUGUAUGUGUAUACACACAAACAUCUAUGGUGCUGUAUAAGGAAGCUGUCCACUGGGACGGGGGCUUUGCUGCUGCUGGAGGUGGUGACAGAGGCAGAUUUCCAUGUCAGCCUUAUCCCUUGGGGGCUUUGAGCCACUUCGGAUUUGCGUAGAAGGCAGUCCCGUAAGACCAAAUUCCCCAGGAGCCCCUGACUUUGCUGCACGUGCUGCACUUGCAGCGGGUGUCCCUCUAGUUUCCUUGAUGGGGACAGCUGGUAAAGCAACAUGAGGCAGGAAGAGAGUUCAGCAGCCCAAAGUCAGGGCUGAUACCUGAAGCCUCUGCUGCAGAUGGAGGUGGAGCUGUUCCUGGAUCCGGGUGAGAUUCAGAAGAGAGGUGGCUUGGCUUCCUUUUUAGCUUGGAGGUCAACUUGGCAACGCAGCCUUUGCCAGAAUCACGGAGCCUUUUCUGUUUCAACUUCUGUUCAUACAAAACGGGGAAACGUUCACCUACCUCACCAGGAGUUCAUUCAUAAAUGAAAAAUCUGUAGCAAGCAAGUGCUGUUCUUACGCCCCUGAUAGUGGGGGCCUUUUGUCUGCGUCAAGCCUGCUUACUGACCAAUCUUAACCCUUUGGAUCUGGAACAGCAGAUCCACGCCCAGCUGCAGUGGAACAGAUGUGCUUGGUAUCUUACCAAGACGCUGCUGGAGUCUGUCCUCUGCAGCUUUUGACAAAGGUCGCUUCAGAACCCUUUGGGAGUUCUGUUUUGGCCCCUGGGGACACUCACUCGGCAUAGAUGCAAGUUAGGUCAACCACACAUGCUCCACAUAAUUCUAGAGAUUUUCCAGCCAUGCUUUAUAUAGGGCAUAACCAAGAUGGUUCCUUCUAGAUGUUGUGGGACUAGAACUCCCAUCAGCCCCAGCCACCGUGACCAGUGAUCAAGGAUGAUGGGAGUUGCAGUCAAAGCGGCAUCUGGAGAGGGCUGCAUUGGCUAGCCCUGUUUUAUAUAAGAAGCACUUACGUUUCCUCUUAAAUGCUGACAUCAGAAGGCCUGUGGUUCUGGGUUUGGCAUAGGAGUGUGUGGUAGCACGUUCUCCCUGCCCUGGCACCAUUCUCAUAAUUCACAGAGUCCUCAAGCAGCCACCUUCUCUUGAGUUGCAGGUCAGCAUCCAUCCUUCUGCUAAAAGGGAACGGGA